CUAUCCGUCCCACUCACCAUCAUUUCCCCAUUCUACUUGAAAUCGUGGACCGCCGUGUUUUGCCUCCCUUAAUCAUUCCGCCCUCGAACUGUAGACGAAAUAUCCCACCUGCACCAACCCUUUAUUUUCCUUUCAAAUUUCACUCCACUGGUUCACGGAUUAAGCCCUCUUCGAUUUCUGAGCCCUAUGUUCAUUGCUUUCGUUUUGAUUUCUGGUCUUUUUCUUUUUUCUUUGAUCUUGUGUAGAUGUAAAAAAUGGACACUGUCUGGGUGGUUGGAAUGUGGUUCUGUGGUUGUCUUGUUUAAUGGGUCGAAAUCGAAACGUUUAAAAGUUUGUUAAUUUCACUUAAAACUCCAUCUUCUUGGCUCUUGAUUUCUCUCCCAUCCAUAUAAUUGCAGCUUUCUAGUGCGUGCAUACUUUUUGAAGCCACCCGCGUGCGCCUUCUUCUUGGAUAGCUUGAUGCGGCCAUUGCUAUGGAAGCUGAAUCAGCUGGGGAGCCAUUGGGGUUGCUUAAAGUGCUUGUGAUUCAAGGGAAGAAACUUGUGAUUCGUGAUUUCAAGAGCAGUGAUCCUUACGUUAUUGUCAAGUUGGGGAAUCAGACAGCAAAGACCAAAGUUAUCAACAGCUGCCUUAACCCUGUUUGGAAUGAAGAACUAAGCUUCUCCCUCACCCAACCUGUCAAAGAUCUGAGAUUGGAAGUGUUUGACAAAGAUCGGUUCAAGGCAGAUGACAAGAUGGGACAUGCCGAGCUGAGCCUUAAGCCAAUUGUUUUGGCUGCUAGAUUGAAACGAGUUCUUGGAGGUUCGUCGGGGCUGACAAUGUUAAGAAAAGUUACUCCGGACACUAAUAACUGCUUAGCAAGGGACAGCAGCAUUAGUUGUAUGGAUGGAGGGGACGUAUCGCAGAGCGUUUGGUUGAAGCUACGUGAUGUAGAAUCUGGUGAAAUAGAGCUAAAGAUCAAGUUCAUUGACCAGUCUAGAUAAAAGUUAUGUGCUGUUUGAGGCUGUGGAAGGUGGAGUAGCCUGUAAAUUUGCUUCCAUUUUUCAUGGUUUUGAUCUGUCUUCAGCUUACUGUGAUCAGUGAUUAUGGGUAGAAUGAGGCAGAUUUAGCCAUUUAGGGUGUAGAUUCUGCUGUCUGAAAGCUAAGUUAGAAGCUUAUGUUGUGUUUGGUUUGUGGUUUUUUCAUGGUGGUGGGAUAUAGAGAAUAGGCUUGGAAUUGGAAGGUCCAUUAUCGUAUUUGGAUAAUAUUUAGACAUGGAUAGUUGACCAUGUGAACAAACAUCUUCGAUUCUGUCGGAGAAUUUGAAAUAUGAAGAUCACUAGCAUUGGAGAGAAAAAUGACAGCUA